UGCAAAACAGGAAACAUGCAAGAAAAAAAAGUCUUAUAGUUAUUAUCUUUAAAAAGUUUUUAGACGAAGAGUAAACUAUUUUAUUACAGUAAAUAUCUUCGUUUACAAGUCGCCAAAUGUGUUAAUGGAUUUUGUUGGUGUGAUUUAAGUGAAAUGAGGGUAUGAAAUUUAGACUCCAGUUAAAGUAGAAAACUGUUAAAGUUUACCCAGGCUUAAUUAGAUGAGUUUAGAUGAACCAAGUGAAACUAGCACAGGGUUAGGCGACACUGGAAAAGAUAUAUUUCCAUAUCAGCUGCUGAUGAAAACAAAGAUGGAUGACGGGGUAUACAGAAAGCUGAGAUCAGUGCUGACAUCUGCGCACUCACUUCCCCCUUGGACUGCGCAUGUGCAGUCUCUAUCAGAUAAACGCAUCCAAGACAUCAAAGAUUUGACAAUGAAUUUUUUAUCAUAUAUAUCUGGUGGAGAACCAACAAAAAUAUUAGAGGCUUGCUUAUCAGAGAAAGAUAAGAAAGAGUUAAUGUCCUAUGGAGGGGGUAAAAAAAGAUUAGAAAAACUGAACAACUUUAUUAAGAAAAGUCCACCUUUGAAACCUUGGACUGCCAGAAAAUGUGACGAGACCAAGUCAAGACUAGAUGUAGAAUUGACAACAAGGCGAGUCCUUGCUUUCCUCUCAGGUGGAGAUACCGUGCCUUUACUUUGUGAUAUUCUAUAUCCUCGUGAAAAGGAUGUUAUUGCUGAUAAAUAUAGGGAUGCCCUUGAAAAAAUUGGCUCUGCCAUCAAACAUUGGAAACCAAAACAGAAAGGACAGGUUUUGAAUGCUGUGAAAUCUGCUGAUUUUUUACCUGAUGAUCUGAGAGAACUAGGAUGGAUUUUCUCGACAAAUCUUUGGAACAGUUGUUUUACAAGUGCUCGUGGUCCACUUCAUCAACAAUUUAGAAGCAAGCUUAAACCAGUUCCUGAAUCAGAGCACGAGACUGGUCUAAACAGGAACACUAGGCCUAGGGUGAGAUAUCGUUUGGAAUUAUUUCAAAAGCUAACGAUUACGGCAUAUGUGAGUACAGACGAGGAUAGUGAAGAUGAAAGAAAUCCAUAUCUUCCAUCUUUAAUUAGAUGAUAAAUAGAAGAACAAAUAUAUUAUGGGGAAAACAUCGGUUAACGGUGCUCGGUUGAACUUUUUAUUGGCAUAAACUGGUAUUGUUCUGGAACUAGAUUCAUUUCUUAAAGGGACUGUACACGUAAUUUAAAGUAAACUUCCAUUUACAGAAUUGCAGGUCCGAUUCACAACGGUACACUUGAAAGCUUUGUCUGAUCAAAAAGGAAUAAGAGAUUUCAAUAUUUUUCGAUUUAAUAAUGAAUUUGUUAAGUUAAGCUAGAAAAACGAUGAAAUUUUUCCAAUCUGAAAUCAGAACGGUGAUGUUGUGAAUCGGACAUUUCCCUUUUAUUAAUGGAGUUUCACUUUAAAAUUAAACGACAGUCCCAUCAAAAAAAAUCACUCGUUGACAUCUUCCAUUUGUUUCUAGAUUCCUCGCCAGCCAUUGAUAGUUUAAACUUGUCAAUGUAGAAAUUCACAUUGUUCAAAACUAUCUUCACAUUAAAACUAUGAAGGUGGUCCUUCGGGAUUUUCUUACCAAACCAUUUUUUCAUUUUUAUUUUUCAUUUUUGUUAGAUAUGAUUAAUAAUAUAAAUGAAUAUAGUCCGUAUA